AUGGUCUUUGAAUGAUCAAUAUAUUCGAGCUGAGUUGUCGGUUUACUUAGCAAUUCAAAUACAGGCCUAUUUCUUGGAGCUGAUCUUACUUUUACAGCUUUGGUCUUUCUCUUACUUCCCUCAUUUUAAAACAAGCAGAACCAUUCGAAAAAUAUAUAAUACUGGAGAAAAAUUUUGGCAAUUUUUAUAAUAAAAUAUCUAUUAUUCUAUUAAAUUUUAGCUUACAUUUCUAAAACAAUAAUUUACAAUUGUAAUAAGUUUUUAUUUUCAAUUUUUACGAAUUGGAAUUUUUAAUUUUGCUUAGACUGUCCUGAUGCCUAUCAUUAGAGCCCUAUCCAAAGCCAGAGCCGGGGUUAGCAAUUGCAGUAUUUUUCUUAUGGUGAUUAAUUUUCCAUCUAUUAAUAACUUUUUGAAGAUUUCCUCUGAAAAUUCUCGCCAAACUCAAUACAGUCUUCUUCAUGAUUUCUUUUUGGCCGCUACUCAAUUCUUCCACUUCCUCAAUCAUUGCAAUAGGCUUUAAAAGAAUUUUUUCUGUACUUAUUUCAGCUUUUACAGAGUGUUCCAUUUCAAUUGUAGUCAAAGGCUUAGUAAACAAUUUAUAG